CCCUUCUGGGGAUCCUUCUGACUCCAUGGCAACGCGAAUAGCGCCAUUGCUAAGCCAGUUUGUUUUUUAGCUGCAGGCGGAUAAUAAAACGAGUCUUCUCUGCUUUCAGCGUUAUUAAAAGGGGAAAUGUGACCUUACCUCAAAUUGACGAACUUCUACAUUUAUAAAAUAAGAUGUGUGCAUGAACGUACAGGACCGUAAAGCUGAAUUCCCAGAUAUGAUGUGACAGUUAAAGGUGUCCUCUCAGAACCAGACAAUGCAAGUGUUGCCAGUUUGGGGGCUUGCCAUCCCCCUCCCAGCAGUGCUGAUGAUCACUCUGAGUCUCUACAUGAUCGUCCUGGGGAUUGGGCUGUGGAUCAGAUCCUGCCUCAAGGACCGCUGCUCUUCAGACUGUGGUGACUGCUGUCCAAACAUCUCUUUAUGCGAGCAGUGCUUCAGACUGGCAGAAAUGUGUAACUGCAGUCUGCCGACUGUCCACUCCUGUUGGAGGGACUCAUCGUGCCCUCCCUCUAAUUGUGCCAACUGGGACUGUGCCUGCACCUGUCAGCCUCCGGAGUGUGACUCCUGUAACUGUCUCUGCUUCGAGAUCAGGAUCAAGUAGAGCAAGUGAAUGCCUUUAUUAGAGCGUUUACAAUGGUGACAUAGAGUAACAGCACACAUGCCGGAUGAUCUGCACGUUAAAGCAUCACUACUCUCUACUCACUACUCUGUGAGCUUCCCUUUUGCCCUCUUACCAAAUAAGACUGAAGAGGAAGACUGCCAGCAGAUGGCAGCCUCUCCUGUCAUUUUCAAGAGAACAGACCAUCAGGUCACAGAACUGCUGCUGCUGUUCACUGUCUUUGAAUGAGACUGUUUGAAACCAAAUGACUCAAAGUGUUCAGUAGGAGUGUGUGUGACAAAGAUAAAACCCCCACUGUAUGAAAUAUUUUAUCAAAUUAUCACGAUAUUGUGAGAUUAAACAUUUUUUGAAAAUUAGUUUAUGACAGUGUUUUUCAAUCGUGGCCUUCUGUCCUGCAUGUUUUGGACAUUCCCUGUUUCAACACACGUGAUUCAGAUGAUCAGAUCGUCAUGCAGCUCUGCAGAUAACGACCCAGUUGUUUGGAUCAGGUGUGCUGGAGCAGGAAACGUCUAAAACAUUAACAGUUAAUGGAUGAAAUAACCCGACAGGAAAUGUCUCUUGUUUUACUUACCUUCUAAUCAAGAUUAUUUAGUUCAGUGAUUGAAUUAAUGAUGUAAACAUUGACUGUGACCAUCAGACAGUCAUGCUCAUUGACCUUUAAUCCCACAGUGCUAUAAUACAUCAAGAAAUAUUAAAGCAUAGGAUACUAAAAUUAAUUAGGAUGCACUCUUUGAUAUUAUAUUUGAUUGUGUACUUCUCUAAUGACAUUACAUAAACUGCACAUAGUACAGCUAUGUUGAUCCUUCUGUGCUUGAAGCAGAAUCAAACUUAGUACUUUUUGUAAUGUAAUGAAAUAGAAAUGUCAAAGGGAAAGUUCUGCCUUGGCAGGUUUGGACUUAAAUGACAAAAUCUCUGACAAAUUCUGUCACCUCACUCUCUGUAUUCUUAUGACUUUAGUCACAGUACUCUGCAUUAACUGCUGCAAAACACCAAAACAGGACAUUUACAACACCAACCUGUUUGUUACUCAAUUUUUGAUACAGAUGAUAUCUUGUUUAUCUUUUAUUUUGGAUGAAAGUGACUGUAAAGUGUUCUUUAUUUUAUAUGUUGCCUUUUAUAUUGUAGAAUUUAAGGACAAUUCAUAAAGUUAAAGCUGGAGUUAAUCAAUAUUGUCUUCACUGACAAUACAGCUCACAAAUCAAUAAUGUGUUGUAAGAUAUUUAUAUUUAUGUAUAAAAGGUUUGGUGAUUGUCUUAAACACUGGUCGAUGUAUUUUCAAACAGGAGGAAGUACAUUUGUGUGGGACUACUUUCAGCAGCGGAUGAAUCUACGUUGCUGAUUAAAGAUACUAAAGUAACUCGGAA